ACAAGCUGUUCUCGUCAAAACAACGAAUUUCAAAACUCUUAAAAAAUGCCGUUGGCUUGAACAGCGAGCUGACUUUUUAAUUAGUGUAACCGUAUCACACAUUUAUGUCAUUAUUCCUGCUCCAGUGUAAAUGUAUAACUUAUAUAGUUAGCUUCAUAUCGACUAUUUAAACUGUAACGGUUUAAAUAUAAUUAGUUAACAUUGGGAGGUAGCCGCUACAGGUCUGAAUUGGGUUAUUAACUAUUUGUAUUGUUCUUAGCAGAAUAUUAUUAACACUCAUAACAGAUAGUUUGGUACUUUACGCCUGUUAAGACUAAAAGGAGUAAAUUGCGGCCUGGUGAUAAAUAUUUUAUCCACCAUGAAAUGAUAUUUGUUGUCCAGAAGUUGAGACCAGCCUGUGUGUGACUGUGAACAUGUAAAUUACAAACUGCUACAGACACGAGAGCUGCUAAUGCUAAUGACAUUAAUGACAGGAGCUGAUCAUGUGCAAGUCCACAAUUCCAGCCUGUGAAGACAAAAUGGAUGAAGAUAGAGGGAAAGACAAGUUUAAGUCAAAAAGAUUUGGGGACAGUUUGAUGUCUACAAAUGGUUGUCUGCUUGACCCCUGGCACAGCACUCCUGUAAAAAAGAUGAAGGCAGCAUGGCAAGACGUACUGCAAACAGUGCCUAUGAUAACGCUCAGCAAUCAACUCAGCAAUCAACUCAGCAAUCAUCUCUCUCAGCUAUGCAGGGUUCUCAGACUCAAGCAAGAGAUCUGGAGAUCACAACCAUCCAAAAGCAGAGGACGGAGCUGCAGCUCCUCAUAGCAGAGCUGAAGGAUCGUGAGCAGGAGCUCAACAGCAUGGCUGCAGCUCAUCACAGACAGCUGCAGGCCUGGGAGCAGGACCGCCAGAGAGUGCUGACUCUGGAGCAGAGGUGUGCACGGCUUGAAGAUGAGCUGCAGAAGCGCAACGAGGUGAUCCGUGCCAUUAGCAAGCGUUUAAAGAUGGCGGAGGUGCGAGAGCAGGACAGCCGCAGGGAGCUCAGCAGCAUCCAGCAGCAGAUGCAGGAACUUAACCAGAGACAACAGCACAGCAGCCAACAACACCAAGACCUGGAGGAGAAGAAUCGGAGUCUGAACUCGAGCAUCCUCACUCUCUCAUCCCAGCUUGGCCAGCUUCAGGUUCAUGAGGAAGAGCUAAGCUCCAUGCUCAAACUGAAGGACAAAGAUCUGACGGAAGCCACAGAUAACAUAUUAAGUCUAACUGAUCGGCUACGGGAAUCGGAGUCAUCGCUAAAGGAGUGCCAGUUUCGUGAGAGCAAAAUGUUACAGGAAACGGAGGAGUACAAGUGCCGCUUCAGAGAGGCCAGACAUCAAAAUGCUGAACUAAAAGAUGAGCUUCAAGAGAAGACUCUAGAGAACAACAGUCAGAGAGAGGAGCUCAUUCGGCUUAGACAAGAGAACCAACUGUUCAGGAAAGAACUGGCACUCGCAGAUGAGGGUGAAAACUGGAAGGAAGAGUUACUUGCACUUGCUCGAUCAAAACAAGAGCGCACCGAAUCUGAGCUUCUCUGCCUGCGACAGGUGUGUGAGCACCAGCAGAAUGACCUACAGCUCUUGAAGCUCAACCUAGAGACCACCAGAGAGGCACUAAUGCAGUACGAAAGUCAAAGGUCACUUGCGAGUAAUGACGCAGCAGAGAAUGAGGUGGCAGCUUGCUGUAGCAGCGGAACUGAGGUGGACUUCAUAGCCAUCUUUAACCACAUUGCGGAGAUGGAAGACCAAGAGCUGCUUGUGGAUGUUAAUCUGAAUGACCCACAGUUCUAUUGUCCAGGGGAUGUGACUUGUGUGUAUGUGGACUGUUCUACACCCUCACCACGGAGCAGGACAAUGAGCCCUGGCCUUGUAGUGGACACAACACUCAACAAACAGCAGCAGGAGGUGUUCACCUCAUCCACGAGUCGCUUGCAGCGCUUGUUGGCAGAGUCGCAGCAAAUGGUGGCCAGUCUGGAACUCUCUUCUGGAAAACCUAUAAGCCGUUCCCAAAGCCUUCCAAAUCACUGCUCAAGUCCCAUCCUGUGUUCCACUUCACACUGUCACUCUGUCUGUAGCCUCAUCAAUACCGAGACUCGUGACCAGUUCCAGUCCAACUAUAAUAGACAGGAAGAAACACAACCAAGAAAGGAUGGCUCCCAAAUCCACAGCAUCAGCAGUUCACAGAAAACCAAGGAAUAUGGUCAAUAAAUCUUUGAAUAGACGUCUUUGGAUUAAAACAGACCAACAUGGACAUCGUUAAUGGUGCUUCCUGUGGACAUAGUCAUUC